AUGGCGGACUUCACGAGAGUUUCUUCCAAACACGGAGACGUGGAAAUGGCAAAUCGUAACGAACAUUACCAUGCAGUAGGUUCCAUAUUCUCUUUGGUCAUUUUUCAAAGACUUUAACUUGUUGGAAACAUUUUUACCCCCAAAAAUGAUUUUUCGCAGUACGAAAACAAAGCGUAUCUAGCAGACCCCGGACAAAACGCAGGAAAUAACCCCGGGUGGAGAGGAAAUCAGGAGGAGGAAGAUUUUGAUCCUUGGGCUCCGCCCGAGCUUCAGGAUCUUGGACCAAAAUGGUCUGGUAAGUUUCGUUGCGUUCAGUCUGGUUGUAUUCUUCGUCUAAUCUCGUCAUACCACAAAGUAAAAAAGUAAUAAUGAGUUAAAAAAUAAAUAAUUAUAAUCAUCUGUUUCAAAGGCCUCUCUUCAGUGGGGCUUAUAGUAGCGGGGAAAUUUUCGUCUUCAAAACCCCGCAGGUUUUUAAUUGUAGGAAAAUUGUGUCAACAAUUUUCAAAGCACAAUAACAGGAUUCUAGAAAUUCGUGGGAAGUAAUUCUUCAGAACUUGCAAACUCAAUCGCCACAGCAAUAACGGAACUUCAUUGAAAAGGGAAAUGCGUACGUGAUAUCAUAAAUGUAAUGCGAUGACUUGCUACUGUCACCCAUCGGUCAAAAGGAGGACGCAUCAUCUUACGUGCUAAGUGAUCAAAUAACAAGAAGUUAAGUUUUUAGCAUCAUCAUCGUAAUUUCAGUUUUAGUAUCAAUAUUAUAAUGGCAAAGUAUUUUAAAGCAGCUCAGUUACGGCUUAUUCAAAUAGAGUCACGCGAUAUAUUUCUGUAAACAAAGAAAAAAAGAAAAAAAUGGAAGAAAAAGAAGAAAAACGGAAAUACCAUUGAAAUAAAUAGAAAUACCUGAAUAAAUUGUUGUCGUUAGCAUUAUUUUCCCUUUUUUGGCGCUUACUUUCUUAUCAUUUAGCAAGAAACUCGUUUCAACUAGCAAGACAUGUUACAUACAGAGAACAACAACUGAUACAUAAUGCAAACGAGAAUAAUGUUUUCUUGUCAAUGCCGAUGCAACAAUGUGAAAUUAUAACCUCACAUCAAAUCACAACAGGGUCUACAAAUGCCUUGAAACCUGUUGCUAACAACAAUGCUUUACCAACAAUUGCGACUUCAGUACCGGAUCCAUACCUUGAGAUAAGCGGGGGGGGGUGGGGGGGGCGGUCUCCAAAAUAUUUUUGGAUCCGCCAUUGGACUUAUGAUUGUGUGAUCGAAUCUUUCUCUUUGCUGACCGACAGAGCUCGACUGCAGAGGAAAGUUUCUUCGCGUAGCUUUGGCUUUUACCAAGAUUUUCCUACUCCUUGUCUUCUGUACUUGUUCAUCUGUUCGUUGGAUUUCCUAA